GAAACACUGAAAUCGCCGAUUGAAAGGCGCUUAGUCUGAGUGAGUAGGUCACUUAAGGUAAUAACUAGCACUUGGGCUUUCUGCGAAUUAUGAGUUCCAAGUCUUUGGAAACCCCAGUUAAAAUCGACCCAGAAGUUUUAGAAAUUCAAAAAAAGAUAUAUAGGGAGCUUUUGAUUAAACAAGCAAAUCUUAAAAAGGGUAGCAAAUACUUCCCGAUAGACCUUGAGCCAUUCAAACUUCAGCGCGAACGUUUGGCAUUACCUUUCACAGAUAAAGACCGCGCUGCCAGGAAACAGUAUCUCGAAGAUCAGUUAUUAUCAGAACGAGAACCAGUAAAUGUCCCUGAGUGGACCCGUGUCAACAUAUUUCGAAGAAUGUAUAGAAAGCCUUUUGAUGCCCUAACAAAUUUAGUCAGGCCCAUAAUCGGGGAUCAAAAAAGUUAUGCUUUUCGAUUUGCUAUAUCAAAGGUUACCUGUGCAUUACUAUUUUCCUGGUUUGUCUGGUAUCGUAUCAAGUACUGUGAUAACUGGGAAAGAAGGGCCAAGUCAGUGAAGUCUAAAGCUUAUAGACGGCAAUAUUGGCCAGGUGAACCGGGAUUCUAUGAAGCUUGGAAAAUGGACGAUUUUGGAAUGGAAGAAUUUGAUAAGAGAACUGCUUUCCUUGGAGAAAAGUUAAUUACCAGUGGACCAUGAAAUUCUUAUGUCUUUAGGAAGUGUAAUCUAUUAAUGUAGUCCAGACGUCGGGUUCUUCGAAAUAUGCGUAAGGAUUUUACAAUAUAUGUGUCUGUAGUCAGUAUGUAUGGGCCUUCGAUUUAUUGUAUAAAAGUUCUAAGCGUACAA